AUGUUCCAGGGGCUCGGUCUCACCCAAUCGCCAGCCUCUACAGGCUCGCUGUUCGGCCAGGGGGCCGCUGAACAGCCUGCCCAAGGUACAGCUCAAGCUCAAGCUCAGCGUCCUUCUCUCUUUGCGCCCAGCUCAAAUACCACAGGAGCUCCACAGCCUCCCUCUGGCUCGAGUAUUUUCGGUCAAUCCACGACGCCUGCCCAAGCCGGCCAGACCCAAGCAACGGCUGUUCUGCCGUCUCAGCAGGCCACCACUGCCACCACCACACAACCCCCCACACAACCCGCAUACUUUAGUAGCCUGUUAGAAAAGGGCAAGAAGCGCCCCCUCUCUAGCUUUCAGAAUGUGUCCUCUGUUGAGCUACCCAGUCUCCAGCUUAGCUUGGAUGAUAUCAGGAAAUCAGCCCGCGGGUUAGGCACAACUAGUCCUCGUAGAGGAUCUCAUAUGCCUGCCAUUACAGAACAUAAAUCGCUCUCGUCUCUCACUGUAUCAGGUAUAUCUCCGGGAAAAGUACUGCAAGACCUCCACACAUUUGAUACACAGACGGGCGGCUACGGUACUACACCUAUACCUGCAGUAUUAGCAACACCGGCCCCAGCUGCGCCGGUGUCUUUUGAACAAGAGUCCUUUGAUCCUGAUAACCAAAAGUUCUUACGAAGAGUGCAACAGCGUGGUAGGGAAGCUAUGAUUGCUGAGAGCCUUUCUAGAGCCCGUAGAGACUUUGACACCUUCCUAGAGGAUAAAGUCAGUCUCAACUGGGAUGAACAGCGUCAGAAAAUCUAUGAGCAUUUUGGUCUGGUUUCAAAGGACGACACUGGAACGGGAACUGGCAGUUUCGGUUUCUCUCGACGUGACCAGGGUGGAAAGGCAGAUAAAGAUGAGCAUGCUGGAUAUCAAUCUACCAGCCGCAGAAGCGUCUUUGGCCGAUCCGGUCUAUCAAAAUCCAUCAUAGGUUCCGCUAGUGUGGGCGGAGCCGGUUCGAUCUUUGCUGACUCUACGACAAGAUCCACCCUCUUGCCUCAACAGGGUUCCGACUCGAGAUCCAUGCGGGAGAAGAUUGGACAUUUUGGCUCAAAAGUUCAAAAGUUAAACGAAAUGAGGCUCCAGGAGAGGACAUUCCCUGUUCUACGCGAGUUUGCUGAAGCUCAAAAGGUUGCGGAUAGCGAUGCCCCGAAACAACUUCUUGAAGCAUAUCACGCCCUAAUUAGUAUCACCAAUGAACCCGCUAGUUCAGUAGGCUACUUUGAGCCUGGUGCUCUACGACCGCGUCAGUUCGCCAAAGACUACAGGGAAGAUGGCCCUAGUUCCAUUGAGGCACUCAAGAUGAGAAAACAAAUCAUUGCUGGAUCUAGGAAGCACCUUGAGCGAUCGUUCUACAGAGAAGUCGAAGAGGCAAUCGCGAAAAACCCCCGGGAGGCCCAGCUGGGUGGUGUUCCCACCAUCAUCAACAAGAUUCGAGCUUAUAUCAGGCUGCGGGCAGCGAGGAAAGACCUUGCCCCUGACGGAACAGAGCUACAAAUGGUGAAUGAUGAUUAUUGCUGGAUUCUCAUCUUCUACCUCCUCAGAUGUGGGUUCGUUGAUGAGGCUGCUGAGUAUGUGAGCCGCGACCAGGGUUUCCGGUCAAUGGACUAUAAGUUUGUCACAUAUAUGACCACAUACGCUCAACACAGGCGGCUACCACGUGACCUACAACAGAAGAUUGGCGCAGAGUACCAACAACGCCUACGGAAUGCGCCAGAGAACACCGUUGACCCAUAUCGGAUGGCCUGCUACAAAAUUAUCGGUAGAUGUGACCUUAACCAGCGCCGGCUCGAUGGUUUGGGCCAGGGAGUAGAAGACUGGAUGUGGCUGCAGUUUGCAUUGGCACGAGAGGACACCCGGGCCGAGGAGGCUGCUGGUGACAUUUUUGGCUUGGAAGAUAUCAAAAAGGAUAUUGUUGAAAUCGGGCAGAGAGUAUUUCCAAAGGGCCAGGAAACUCCCGGAGCCUAUGGUAUUUUUUUCUUGCUCCAGAUUUUGGGCGGAAUGUUUGAACAGGCUGUUGCAUACCUUGGUUCAUAUGCGCCAAUAGAUGCAGUACAUUUUGCCAUUGCGCUCGAUUACUAUGGCCUACUCCGUGUGUCUGACUUCUAUACCUCGGGAGAUGAGCUUUUGUCAUUCACCACACGACAGCUUCCACAAAUCAACUUCGCAGCUCUAGUCAUGCAAUAUACCGGGGAAUUCCGACUAGGAAAUGUCGAAGCUGCAGUUGACUAUUUCACGCUUAUCUGCUUGAACACGGACCUUCCUGGAGAACUGGGUAAAUCUCAGGCUGCCGUAUGCCAUGAAGCUCUACGCGAGUUCGUCCUUGAGACACGAGACUUCGCUAAGUUGCUAGGAGAUAUUAGGUCCGAUGGAACUAGAAUCAAAGGAGUGAUUGAACAGCGGUUGAAGCUAAUCAACCUUGAUGACCAAGAAGAGUUCCUUAAGGCUGUCACUGUCCAGGCCGCCGCGGUAGCAGAUGACAAGGGCCUUACCGCAGACGCUGUUCUGCUUUAUCACCUGGCUGAGGAAUACGACAACGUUGUUUCGAUUCUUAACCGUAUCCUCUCCGAUGCUGUUUCUGUUCCUCUUGGUGAGGCCGCCAUCAAGCUUGAGCCGGUUAAGCCACGCACCGGGGGCCAGCAUCCAUCAUCACUAGAAACACCCCUCGAACCAGGAAGUAGCCUUAGCCUAACAUCAGUGGAUGAUCCUGUUAUUCUGGCUAAGAAUAUGAUUAGUCUGUAUAACACCAAUGCCCUUUACUACCAGAAGAUCCACCCUACCAAUCGCGAGGCAUGUGGUCUUCUCCUCCGCAUGAUGGAAGCCAAGUCGAAAGUUGAAGCAGGCCAGUGGGCUCCUGCUUUGGAUGAUAUCAACAACCUACAGAUCCUGCCACUUACUGCUCAGGGAUCCAUCACAUACGUCCGGAGUGCAGUUCAAGCGUUCUCCUCUCUACCUCCUGUCAUUGCACGGAAUGCUGGCAAUCUUGUGAUCUGGAGUAUAAUCUGCAUAAGCCGCGAGCGUGAGAGAAUGUAUUCUGCGGUUUACGAGAAUGAUAUGCGGCAGACUCUGCUUGAUGAACUUGUGCUCAUGGCGAAGGAUCUGAUGGUGUUUUCUGGAAUGAUCAAAUACAAACUCCCGCCUAGGGUCUACGAGACAUUGGCUAAAGCUGGGGGAGAUGUUGGACUCUCCCUGUAA